CCACGUAAAUCCGUCAAGAAGGCUUCUGUUCAGGUUCGACAGAAUCCAACGUCCCUGUGCCGACCCAGUUCCAGGAACGGAGGACGACAGUUAUGCACUUGUAAUAACAGUGCGCCAGUGUUGAAUUGCGAGGGGCAGCCCUUCCAAACAGUUAGUCCAUUCCAGUAUUGAAAUAUUAGAGUAGGACAUGUCUGACCAACCAGAUCCAAAACCCACACUAAGUAAUUACUUCGACCAGAGUUCCAGUAGCAUCUUUGACCAGCUCUCAGGAACCCCUCAGGAUGCCCAGCCAACACUCACAAGCCAUCAGGUGGGCGGAGUAGCACCUGCACUUCCAGCGACCAGUGAACAGAUCAGCACUCCAUAUAUAACCCCCAUAGCCAAUCAGCAACUGACUUACCCUGCAGAGGCUAAUUCAUUCUCAAGUCCUGGAGCCACUAUAACAACCUCUGGGAAUGCAUCUCCAAGUGAAAGGGAUGUAUCAUUAGGAUCACCGUACCAAUCGCCUGUUUCUGUGACCCCUGAUCCUCAGUUAGGGGGUCCUGGAACACCUCAGCCUAACCCUACUAAUCUUCACUCACCGCAUCCAUCUCAUGAGAGCUUUUCCACACCUGCACAUCAUAACAUUCCACUAACUCCACAGAACCAAGAGGCUGUUGCUUCUACCACUAAUUUACCUGCAAAUAAUCUACCUGUGCCAACCCCGACUACCCCUUCUCAGUCUGCCAUGAUGAUGAGCAUGACCACUUCAAUGCUUGUUACUGACACAUCUCCUAAUGCCAGCAUGGAUGUAGAGGCAACUACAGUAAAGUUUCAGCAAGCAAGUAUAGAAGAAGAAGCAGAGCCUUCCUCUCCUUCACAAACCACAUUGAUCCAUGCUGGUAAUGUUGCUAUGGGAAUAGUAGCAAUAUCAGCUCCUCCAAACAACUUGCAGGCAUCAACAGGCAGCAAGCCAACAAGCCCAAAACCACCCAUGAAGUUAACUGCAGCAUCUGAAUCAGCAGGUGAUAAAAGUCGACAGAAUGAGUCUAAGCUAUUUAAAUACUUCAGUAACACUAAAACCUCAAAUCCAUUUGAUAGCAUUGGUAAUCAGACUCCAGGAAAUACCAGCGAUUCUGCAAUGAUUAAUCCCGUUUAUAUGUCCCCAACUGAUAGCUUUAAUAUCAGCAAUGCCAUACCCUCUCCAGAUUCCUUUCUGACACCAGCAACAGAACAAGAUGUAUUUACUGCAAGCCUGCUUUCAAGUGAUGCAGACCGUAGACAUGAUGCAUGGAUUCCUUCAGAAAGCACUAAACAAGCAUUGAUUGCUAUGUCAACAAGUCCCCCUGGAACUUACUUUCCUGAAAAGGAUCUUCUUACCAUGCCAGGAAUUGCAGUAAAGGAGGACUUUGGUGACCCAGUGAAGAAUCUUGUGCGGACUUACCUGGGAGAAGAUUCUGCAACGAAGAGAGUGGUCUUGACAGCUGCCUCAGUUACACAGGAUGACAGAGGACUGCGUCAACUGAUUGCAGCUGGAUGUUACCAUGCUGCUGUAAACUUAACAACUCAGCUUCUCACUGUCUAUGGCCAAGGGGAAGGAAGAGCAGGCCAUCCAAGUAAACACACUGCUCACUCAAUACAACUAUGGUUCACCAGAAUAGCCUUACUGAUAAAACUGCGAAGAUUUUCCCUUGCUGAAGUGGAAUGCCAGUACUUUGGAGAUUUAGAUGCUCCUGACUUGUACUUUGAGUUCUACCCUGAGUUAUACGGGGGAAGGAGAGGCUCUAUGGUCCCCUUUGGCUUCAGGUUGCUAGUAGCAGAGCUGCCACAGUAUCUGGGAAAACACACUCAGGCACUCGACCGCCUGAAUGCACUCCUUAGGAAUUGUAAUCGGAUCAUUGAAAACCUGAGUAGUGGCCUAAGUGAAGAUGGAAGCACUCUAGAAAUGACCAGCAACAUGCGUGAUGACUCACUUAAGCUUUGGAGAACAAGGCGGUUGAAAGUACUCUAUUCCAUUACAAACUGUGCAGUCAGUUUGAAGGACUUCCGACUAGCAGGGUCCCUUUUGGAGAGACUCACCCAGGAGGAUCCAAAUUCAGCUGCAGGACUGUACUCUGCUCUCGGUCGCCUUUGCUUGCAGUUGGGUGAUGUGACAGCUGCACAGGAUACUUUCAACCACUAUUUAGAGCAUACUCCCCCACCUCCACACCAUGAUCCAGUUCAAGGUUUACUGCAUUCUGCAUAUAUAUCGAUAGCACAGAAUGCUUUUAAGGAUGCAACAGAGAUCUUACAACAAGCCCACAAAAUUAACCCAAACAAUGGAUUGGUUAUUAAUAAUUUAGGAGUUUGCCUCAUGUACACGGGUAGGGUGACAGAAGCCAUCAAGCUUGUGGAAGGUGCUGUCUUUUCACAACCUGACAGAUUUUUGCAUGAAGCUAUCAUCUUGAAUUUGGCAACCAUGUAUGAGCUCGAGUCCUCCAAUGCUCACCAGAAUAAGUUGAAAUUGCUAUCUCUUAUAGCACAACAUAAAGGCGAUUCCUUCAACGUUGCUGCUCUCAAACUUCAGCCUCAGUAAUAUGUUAUGUAAAUAGAUUGUUUUCUGUAGCUUAUUUCCCAACCAAUGAAAUUUAGUAGUGUGGCCAUUUUGUGUAAUAUAAAGUACAUAUGUAUAAACAUUUGAUACAACUGUGAGGUAUCUCUACUUCAGAAAUAGUUGUAAAGGUUGAUGUUUACAUUUAUUGAAGAUUAACAUGGCUUCAUACCAAUGACCCAAAUUGUAUUUGUUUUAUGUUACAGAUAAAUGUGCAAUCACUGUAGCUGCAUAAAACCAAAGUGGUCUUUGUAUUUAAUUCUUAUACUGGUAAUAUUCCUGUUUUUGAAUUUUCUAUAUGUUGCCAUCAAUGCACACCAGUUGGAAGUGAUUUUUCUUGACUGUCAUAGAUCUAAAUGUAUUCUCCAUUAGUCUAAUUCCAGAAAUCUGUUCAGGAAUUCAUUUCCUACGAUAAAUAGUAUGUAGAUAUGUGAAAAUCUGUAUAUUUUCAAAUGUACAUACAGUCUUUGAUGAGGAAAAUGUUGAUGCCAUAUUUAGUAUUUACAACUGCAAAAGCUGUGCUCACCUAUUAGUUCUUCUAUCAACAUGCUCCUUUCAAGUAUUUAUAAUUAAAACUAUUGCAAACCAGUGAAGUGAACAAAUUGUUAUGCAAAUCACAAGGUUGUCAAAUAAUAAUCUCUAGUCUUAGAGAAAUUUAGAAACUUCAUAACACACGUACAUAUUAAAUAUAUACAUCAGUUAA